AUGCAUUUCGGAAAAUAUGAUCAAAAGUUGAUAGAGCUCAAAAUAGAGCAUAAUGUCGGUCAACUUGAUGCGGAUAGAAUUCGCGCUUUCCAACAAAAAAUCAAAUCUCCAUGGGCGAGCAAUUUACCCAUAAUCGUGUUCACUUAUCUAUUAGAUGAAGGAUACAAACAAUUAGCUAAUAUGAUGAAACCUUACCGUCAAGUAUUCCAUUUCCUCUCCGCAGGCCCUCACGUGAUAAAUUACGCUCCCAGCAUGUUGAGAAAGAAUUUGAAAGAUAAAGAAGAUUUGAUUUUAAAUAAAUGGUUCGUUCCAUUUCCUCCUAGACCAAAAGCGUAUCAAUUAGAUUUAAAUAGUGAUUCACAUAUUCAUCAACAACCAAUUCCUGAGGAAUAUCCUUCCAAAGAUGGAUUCGAAAAUAAUAGACAGCUUAACGUAAUUGCGAAAGGAAUUCUUAUUCAUCCGGACUUAAUGAACUUAUGGAAACAAAUUGGGUAUUAUGAGAUUUAUGACUUGGUCAUGCAAGGAGCACUUCUCAUUUUAUUCCCGCCAACCCCCGCAUCCGAUUGGUCUUACCCAUCUAUUGAAAUAGGAGACUUCUUGUGGGACGCUUUCCUUGCAAUUCGAUCAGGCGAAAAUGUUUAUUUGCUUGCCCAUUUACCUUCAAAUGCUCGUGCUGCAGAAAUUACAAUUAUAACGGCGACCAACACUAAAAAGCAACUAAUUUGUUUAGGUGGCAAAUUUCAAGCGGACGUCCUCCUUUUCCCGGUUAUUUGCUUAUUGGUUAUACGCGUACUUAAAAAAUUUGAUCUUGAAAUCACCAAAUUACCUAAAAUUGGCAAUAUUUCCCGUUAUUACGUUCUAUCAACAAAUCAAAUCUUAUCGGAAGAAACGAUCGCGCCAAAUUGGUCCUGUGGCGGGUCCUUCGUCAUUGAUACCCAAUCACGCACCUAA